ACACAAUCAAAGGGUGCUUUUGCCAAAGCAAACCAUGGCAUCGCCUUCCAAGGCUUUCUCUGCAACAACAUUGUUGCUUUUGGCUGUUAUUAUAAUGUUAUUAUUGCCUGAAUGCCAUGCAGACCAUCCUGUCAAAAAGACAAGCUCGAUUCACCAUGUCGUGAGAAGGGUUGGCAAUUCUGUAGUUUCUCUUAAGCAUAAGGGACGACCACCAUUCAAGCCUGGCCCAUGGAAGCAGGGUCAUGCCACCUUCUACGAGGGUGGCUCAGGGACAUUUGGGGGAGCUUGUGGCUAUGAUGAUGUAGUGAAAAUGGGGUACGGCCUAAACACGGCGGCAUUGAGCGCAGCUUUGUUCAACAACGGGCAGAAAUGCGGCGCUUGCUUUGAGAUCAAAUGUGUAGAUUCCCCUGUAUGGUGCAAACCAGGGCAGCCUUCUUUGAUCGUGACCGCCACAGACAGUUGUCCACCUAAUUACGAUCUUCCCAACGACAAUGGAGGAUGGUGCAACCCACCCCGCGAGCAUUUCGACUUAGCCAAGCCUGCUUUCGGUCAAAUUGCUGAGUAUCAAGGUGGCGUUGUCCCUGUCCAAUACCGCAGGGUACCAUGCAAAAAGCAAGGAGGUAUUCGUUUCACAAUAACAGGCAACCCUUACUUCAACCUGGUGUCGGUAUGGAACGUGGGAGGAGCCGGGGAUGUUGUAAGCGUGCAUGUACUGAAGGGUGAUAACAAGCAGAAAUGGAUACCAUUGAAGAGAAACUGGGGUCAGAAAUGGCAGAUCGACGCCAAGUUAGUCGGGAAAGAACUUUCCUUCCGAGUUAGAACAAGCGAUGGGAAAACUUCAACCUCAUGGCAUGUCGCUCCCAAGAACUGGCAAUUUGAUCAGACUUUUGUGGGUAGUAAAAACUUCCGAGGAUUGCCUUGAAACCUAGGAUUUUUAUAUCAAAAGUAACUAGUAAUACUGCUGAAACCAAAAGCUGUAUGUCAACUCACAGAUAUAUAUACAUGGAAACGAUCCCAGUUGGGAUGAUUUAGUAUCAUCAUCAAGUA